CCGGCCUCUCUUUCCUCCAGCAGAUCUCCCAAGAUGACGCAGUUCCUGCCCCCCAACCUACUGGCGCUUUUUGCCCCCCGGGACCCCAUCCCCUACCUGCCCCCACUGGAGAAGCUGCCUCAUGAGAAACACCACAACCAGCCCUACUGUGGCAUCGCACCGUACAUCCGGGAGUUUGAGGACCCACGCGAUGCCCCUCCGCCCACCCGUGCCGAGACCCGUGAGGAGCGCAUGGAGCGGAAGAGACGAGAGAAGAUUGAACGGAGGCAGCAGGAGGUGGAGAACGAGUUGAAGAUGUGGGACCCGCACAAUGACCCCAACGCCCAGGGAGAUGCCUUCAAAACCCUCUUCGUAGCCAGAGUGAACUACGACACAACAGAAUCCAAGCUGAGAAGAGAAUUCGAGGUCUAUGGCCCCAUCAAGCGGAUCUACAUGGUGUACAGCAAGCGUUCUGGGAAGCCACGCGGCUACGCCUUCAUAGAGUACGAACACGAGCGAGACAUGCACUCCACCUUUCUGAUGGCUAUUGCCACUGCUGGCUUGCAGCUGAUGGUUUAUGAGCAGCUCUAUGACACGCUGGAGAUCGCGGGCAGCGCCGAGAUCCGGGCCCAUGCCACGGCCAAGUUUGGUCCCGUUCACAGAGUGGGGAGCCCUGCAGGCCCCUCCCGGGCCACGGCGUUCGAUAACUCCGCUUUCUUCGUAGGCGGUGGCUUGGGGGGCACCCGGAGGGGUGGUGCCGACGUCAACAUCAGGCAUUCUGGCCGCGACGACACCUCCAGAUACGAUGAACGGGAGCGGGAACGGGAGCGCGACAGGCGGGACCGGAGCCGGGAACGGGACAAGGAGCGGGAGCGUCGGCGCACCCUCGCCCUGACAGCCCCUCCUCCUCGUCUCCACCACCAGGUUUAUGAGCAGCUCUAUGACACGCUGGAGAUCGCGGGCAGCGCCGAGAUCCGGGCCCAUGCCACGGCCAAG